CAGAGUUUUUCGAAUCUGAAGCUCUUCCAACGAUAUGAGAUGAUAUUUUUUAAAAAUUGUUAUCACUUGGAGGAGUUGAACCAUUUACUCUAACCUUCCGACUUAUCCAAUCUCUCUACUUGUAGAUAGCAAUAAUUUUCGACGAUAUAUAAGCAAAAUGGACGACAUUUAUAGCUUCCGAAGAUAGAAAGCAUCCUGUAUGCCACAUAGAUUUAUUAAACACAGUCGGUGAAACUGCUGACAGAAAUGCACGGAAUAUCCACUAUUUUCUUCCUAACUUACACCCUUGCUAUUGCAGGAAAUAUAGGAGACGUAUUUUGUAACACAACUUUUGGAAGAAUCAUCGGAGGUCGUCCCGUUGGUAUAAAACAUCGACCAUUCAUGCUCUCUUUGCACAGUUUCGACGGACUUGUGUGCGGCGCUAGUAUCUUGUCCCGGAAAUGGGGCAUCACCGCUCUUCAUUGUUUAGCUUCAGAGAGAACAACAGGUUACUUCGUUCGAGCCGGCUCGAGCAAACUUUAUCGAGGAGGAUCGCUGCACAAAUUAACAAAGAUACACGCGUACAACGGCACCGCGUACGAGUAUUCGGAAUUGAACGUGCCGUAUCACGAUAUAGCGCUGUUCGAAAUACGACCCCCCUUUCGAUUCUCGAGCACUGUUCGAGCGGCUCGAUUGCCAAGAGAAUCCAGCAGACCACCUCGAACACUGUACGUUUGUGGCUGGGGUCACACCAACAAUCGAAGCGUCGCAACAGUAAGCGAUCUUCUAAUGGGAGUCUACGUUCACUACACGCCGUACGAAUGGUGCGUGAACGAAGUUCCAGAAUAUAAGAUGCUCGUGAAGAAAGAGCACCAUCUCUGCUACGGGGCACGCGGGAAAGAUUCUUGUUACGGUGACUCUGGAGGGCCGCUGGUGAGUGGGAACAAAAUUUACGGUGUCGUUUCUUUCGGUCACCAUUGCGCCGUAGCGUCGGGAGUGUACGAAAACAUUUCUUACUACCGGCGCUGGAUUAAACGAAUUACAAAUCUGUAAU